GCACCCGGCCAGGUCCCCCCGGAAUAUAAAGAGUGCAGGCCAUGUGCUAGGCGUCAUUACAACUUCUGAGAGUCUGACUUCCUGUUGUCUCCUUCCUUGCUCCGUAGCUCCAGCUGCACCAGAUCUCGGAAUGGACCCCAACUGCUCCUGCGCCACCGGCAGCUCCUGCAGCUGCUCCAGCUCCUGUGCCUGCAAGAACUGCAAGUGCACCUCCUGCAAGAAGAGCUGCUGCUCCUGCUGCCCUGUGGGCUGCUCCAAGUGUGCCCAGGGCUGUGUCUGCAAGGGCUCUUCAGACAAGUGCACCUGCUGUGCCUGAUGUGAGGACACUGCUGCUCCCACUUGUAAAUAGUAGUGCUGGACCACGCCAGAGUUUUUCAUACUUCGCCACCCUUUUCCCUAAACC